GCCACUCGCUCGCCAUGGACACUCCUAGGGUCCUUCUCUGGGCGAUCUUCCUCAUCAGCUUCCUCUGGGAUUUGCCGGGUUUCCAGCAGGCUUCCAUCUCCUCGUCCUCCUCCACCGAAUUGGACUCCACCAAGGACGUGGGGAACCGCAAAGAAGGGAAGAUGCAGCGGACUCCACAAGAGAGUGCGGAGGGCCGGACGCCCCAAGAGCACCGGCCGCGGCAGAACGAGCUCCGGCGGCGGCCGCCUGGACAAUCUCAGGGGCAGGAGCCGCCGGGCAGGGGGCCGCGCGUGGUGCCUCACGAGUACAUGCUGUCAAUCUACAGGACUUACUCCAUUGCCGAGAAGCUGGGCAUCAAUGCCAGCUUUUUCCAGUCUUCCAAGUCAGCUAAUACGAUCACUAGCUUUGUAGACAGAGGACUGGACGAUCUCUCGCACACUCCUCUCCGGAGACAGAAGUAUUUGUUUGAUGUGUCCACGCUCUCAGACAAAGAAGAGCUGGUGGGCGCAGAGCUGAGGCUUUAUCGCCAGGCGCCCCCAACGCCCUGGGGGCCACCUGCCCGACCGCUGCACUUGCAGCUUUUCCCCUGUUUGUCCUCAUUGCUACUGGACUCCAGGACCCUGGAUCCUCAGGGGCUAACCCAGGCCGGCUGGGAAGUCUUCGACGUGUGGCAGGGCCUGCGCCCUCAGCCCUGGAAGCAGCUGUGUUUGGAGUUGCGGGCAACCUGGGGUGAGCUGGACGCCGGCGAUACCGGGGCGCGCGGGAGGGGUCCCCAGCAGCCACCGCCUCUGGACCUGCGGAGUCUGGGCUUCGGUCGGAGGGUGCGGCCGCCCCAGGAGCGCGCCCUGCUUGUCGUGUUCACCAGAUCGCAGCGCAAGAACCUGUUCACUGAGAUGCAUGAGCAGCUAGGCUCUGCAGAGGCUGCGGGAGCAGAGGGGUCAUGGCCAGCGCCGUCGGGUGCCCCAGACGCCGGGUCUUGGCUGCCCUCGCCCGGCCGCCGGCGGCGACGCACCGCCUUCGCUAGCCGUCAUGGCAAGCGACACGGCAAGAAGUCAAGGCUGCGCUGCAGCAGAAAGCCUCUGCACGUGAAUUUUAAGGAGUUAGGCUGGGACGACUGGAUUAUCGCGCCCCUAGAGUACGAGGCCUAUCAUUGCGAGGGCGUGUGCGACUUUCCGCUGCGCUCGCACUUGGAGCCCACCAACCACGCCAUCAUCCAGACGCUGAUGAACUCCAUGGACCCGGGCUCCACCCCACCCAGCUGCUGUGUUCCCACCAAAUUGACUCCCAUCAGCAUCCUGUACAUCGACGCGGGCAAUAAUGUGGUCUACAAGCAGUACGAGGACAUGGUAGUGGAGUCCUGUGGCUGUAGGUAGCGGUGCUGUCCCGCCGCCUGGGCCAGGGACCAUGGAGGGAGGCCUGACUGCUGAGAGAGGAGCAGGAGCUGGCCUGGAAGAGGCCACAGGUGGGGGCAGCAUGAAAGUAGGAGCACAGUGAGAGAGGAGGCAGCCCAGUCUUUCCAGAACCAUCCCAAACUCAGAAGCAUCUAAGGGUUUCACACUUUGCCUGGCCAUUCCGGAAAGACUAGACAAGAAGGAUUAUUUUAUUAGUAUGCUUUUUUUCCCAUCUUGGUCUUGAUAGGACAUGGAAGGAGGGAAGAUGUGUAUCUGUUCACAAGUGUUCUGUGGGAGGAGGGCGUGAGAGAAAUAACCAAUUACUGUUGCCCCCAUCUCAGAUUGGUUGUUUCUACCUGUGUAAGAAAGUGAGACCUUUUGAGUUUUUCAAGCCAAGUCACAGCUGGCAUC